AUGACUGAAGAAGAACAACAACAACAAAUACCACUACAUACAAUAUCAGCUGAUGUAGCUGAAAAAACUCCAGCAUCUUUUUUAAAAAGAAUAUAUCAACGAUUACAUGCACAUUCAGGAAUAUGGUAUAUGUUAACAGCAAAUAUUAUAUUUUGUUGUGGUACAUUUAUAUUAAAACUAAUUCCAGCUGAUAUGUUUGAUAUAAUGAUUAUUCGAUUUUCAGUACAAGCAAUUGUAUUUGGUUCAUAUGCUGCAUUUUAUAAACAUUAUAAUCUUUUUGAUACAAAUGGUCAACCUAUUGCUAGUGCAUUAAAUGUAUUAAUGUCAAGUGCAACAAAUUUAAGUUAUUUAGCUGCAUUCUAUUUUCUUCCAUUAUCUGAUUUAAAUACUAUUAAAUAUACCUAUAUUGUUUGGGCAGCAAUUUUAUCUGUUAUAUUUCUUAAAGAUCGUUUUAAAUUUGUAAAUGGUAUUUCAUUAACAUUAACUGUUGCUGGAUUAAUACUUGCUACAAAACCUCAUUUUUUUAUUAAAACAUUAAGUCAUCUAUUUGAUGUAUCAAACUCAAAUGCAACAAUAACAACAACAACAACAACGACGAUGGCUACAGCUUCGGUUAUUAUAUCUGCAGCUAAAGUAUCAACACUUUAUUAUCUUGGCGUUUUUUUAGCGUUUAUAUCAUCAUUAACAAAAGCAAUACAAAUGAUUGCACGAAAACAAUUAGUUAAAACUAAACAACCAUAUUCUGUUAUGAAUUUUCAAUUUACAGCGUUUGCUUUAAUUAUAUCAAUACUAUAUAGUCUUAUUCGACGAUUAUGGUUACCAGAACCCUAUCCAUGGAAAUGGAUGUUUACAGUUGGUAUUCUUAUUGGUUGUUUACAAUUAAUAACAAAUACAUUUUAUGCUAAAGCAUUAAAAAGAGAAAAUGUUCAAUUAUUAUCAAUAAUUGGUGCACUUGAUAUACUUUAUGCUUGUAUAUUACAAUAUAUAUUUCUUCGAUUAACAAAAUCUUGGAUGUUUUAUGUAGGUGCAUCAUUUAUUGCUCUUGCAGCAAUUAUACUUUCAAUAGAUAAUCAUUCAAUGAAUAAAAAGCAACGAGAAAAAGAAAAAGCAAUGACUAACAAUGAAAAUCAAAAGACUAAUGUUUAA